AAUCAAGGAAAGGAGGAGGUGGGUUCAGUGGAUCCUCCAGAGUCCAGACCAAUCUCUCUCUCUCUCUCUCUCUCUCUCUCUCUGGGAAUUUUAAAACUGGAAAUCGAAAAUCAGGAAGCUACUGUAAGAGAAAUCAAAACCCAAGAGCAGAAGAGUCAUGGGAGGUUGGGGAGGAGAAGAAGAAGAAGACAACAGGUGGCCGCCAUGGCUGAAACCUCUGCUGAGAGAGAGAUUCUUCGCGCAAUGCAAAUCCCACACUGAUUCUCACAAGAGCGAAUGCAAUAUGUACUGCUUGGACUGCACCAAUGGCCCUCUCUGCUCUCUCUGCCUCUCUUUCCACAAGGGCCAUCGCGCCAUUCAGAUAAGGAGAUCAUCGUACCACGACGUGAUUAGGGUUUCAGAGAUACAGAAGUUUCUGGACAUAACUGGGAUUCAGACAUACGUCAUAAACAGCGCUAAAGUUGUCUUCUUGAACGAGAGACCUCAGCCUCGGCCAGGCAAAGGAGUCGUCAAUACUUGCGAGGUCUGUUUCCGCAGCCUUGUUGAUUCCUUCCGCUUCUGCUCCCUCGGCUGCAAGAUAAAUGGAACGUCCAAGAAUUUUCAGAAGAGAAACAGCGUGUCGGAUUCGGAUGAUUCGUACAGCAGCAACGGUCGGAACAAGAAGAAGGACGGUAACAUAAGCAGCGGCAGUAACUUCACGCCGUCGACGCCUCCUCCAACGUCUUCAAAGCGAAGGAAGGGAAUUCCCCGUCGUGCCCCUUUCGGGGGAUUCGUCGUGGAGUACUAAACAAGGGUAAUAUAGUAACUUCACACUUGUAUUUACCGGCUUUACGGGUGUAUAUGUGUAUGUAUGUAUAUAUCUAUGUACAUGCAUGUAUCAUAUAAUGUAAUUUUAAAAAAAAAAAGCUUUAACAUCACUAGAGUAGAUUCGAAGUGGAAAGGAAUAUGAAUGUAAGAUAUAGAAUAGAAUGGAUGGGAAUAAUGGUUUCUAAACAAAAGAGUGAGUGAUACAUAUAUAUAUAUAUACUGCUUUGUAUAGUUUGGUUCAUGGACAUAAUUGUAAAUAUAGAAUAGUUAAGUGAAAGAAUGAUUAGUCGUUUG